AGCACUUAGACAUAAUGAAUGAAUAAAUGCACAUAAGAAAAUUAUAUCUCGAGGAAUCAAGUAAAUAUCAAGUUUAUAAUUGUGAUGAACAAAAUUUGCUCAUUGAGCUAAAGUAAAAUUUAAAGAUUAUCAUAAUAUGCGUUAAUACUAAGUAGGACUUGUUUGUCCUAAAAUACUUGAAAAACCUUGUAAAAAUACAAAAAAAAAAAAGAAGUUAUUUGCAAGUAUCAUUUGGUUAUAGGUCAAGGGCACCAAAAUAGACUAUAGACCAAUUUGGGUGAGGGGUUAAAGAAAAGAAACAAAUUUCCUUUUUAUUUUGUCCCUUUAAUUUUGCUCCAUUCUAUUUUUGGAUAUAUGGGUCCACAUUUUUACUCUCACAACCAUCCCAUUAACUCAACCACUUUUCUCUCUCAUCACUUUUUUCCAAUCAAAAAACUUAAUAAAGUAACAUUACAUUAUGAGGCAAAAUAGAAGGGACGGAAGGAGUAUAUCUUAACAAAUGUCUUAUCUUAGAAAUGCUACGAGCCUACGAAUCCACCUAAUAAGGAUACCCUUUAAAAAAAGUAUUGGGCGAUGAUAAUGGUGAGCCCAAUGGGCCAAAGCAAUGUGAGGCCUAAUUCGUAGUUGAAGUUGAAGAAGAAUGUGUCCGUUAGAGCGCGCGAAUGCGUGUUAGUGGGGAUCACAUGAACAGUUAGUGGGAAGCCUUUAAUUAAAGCUUUUCAAAACGAUGGUGUAUGUACAGUAUGUAUGUUGUCAAACUCAAGUCCCAAUGCUCUCGCUCUCUACUUUCUUCUUCCUCGCACUAAUUCCCACUUUCACUCGCUCUUCUUUUCAAUUUAAUGCGCUCUCUUUCUUCCACGAAUUUCAUUUGCGCUGUUUGGGAAGAUAACAUGUUCUCACAAUGCUUUACUCAUCUAUAUCCUUUGUCUAACACUACACGUGUUUUUUUUUUGGUUCCAUUGCUUGUGCAAGUCCAUUUUUGCUAGGUGGUUGUACUUUCGAAUGUCCUUAACAUUAAUUACAGUGUUUGGCUGUGGAAGCAAUGUGGUAACUAUCAUUUUGAUUACUGGAAUUUGGAUCCUGCAACGGGAUGGCAGAGGAGGAAUCAAGAUGCACCUGCCAAGGAGAUUUAUUGUAGUUUUGCCUGCCCUUGAAGCAUGUGUGUCGUUCUUUGACAUGGUAUUCAUUCUGUGGGACGGAUAUAAUGGUCACAGAUUUUUGUACCAUGACUUGAUCUACAGAUGCUCUCAAUUGUGUGUUUGGAUUAUCAUUCUUCUGCUAUCUAGGUGUGAUUUCUGGUACACCCUAUGUUGCAGUCGUCUCCUGUGUUUUUGGUGGAUUAUAAAGCCACUUUUUCUAGUGCCUCAUUUGCAGAUAGUCAUAUCAUCAUAUGAGGUGUGGUGGACUUUUAAAGAGUGCUUGACUUUUCUACUGGACAUGGCAUUUGGAAUAUGUCUAAACAUUGUUAGAAUAAGGCAAAAUUCCUGUUCCAGGAGUGAAUAUCAGCUGGAGGAUCCUCUACUGUCACGUGACCUUGAGGAAGGUUACCCUAGGAAUUCUGGAUCAGUGAAAACCAUUUGGAUGCUCAUGACAUUCAGCAGAAUCAAGCCAAUAAUGGAUAAAGGUGUCAUGAAGCAGCUUGACUUUGAAGAAUUGCUUGAUUUGCCGUCGGAUAUGGAUCCUUCUUCCUGCCAUAAUAUCUUGCUGACAAGUUGGCGAGCUCAGCAGAUUAUUAAUUGCUCUAAUCCAUCAUUCUUCAAGGCAAUUUGUUCUGCAUAUGGAUGGCCAUAUCUUCGCCUUGGCGUGCUAAAGGUGUUCAAUGACUGCAUUGGGUUUGCUGGACCUUUGCUUCUGAAUAAGUUGAUUCAGUUUCUUCAACAAGGUUCUGGAGGGGUGGAUGGAUUUCUUCUUGCUGUAUCAUUGGGUUUAACAUCUUUUUUGAAGUCAGUUCUUGAUACACAGUACACGUAUCACCUUGCUAUUUUGAAGUUAAAGCUUCGAGCUGGUAUAAUGACCGUAAUUUAUCAGAAGUGCCUCUCUGUCAGUCUAGCAGAGAAAACAAACUUUUCUGAAGGGGAAAUUCAGACAUUUAUGUCUGUGGAUGCUGAUCGAACUGUUAACUUGUGUAACAGUUUUCAUGAUAUUUGGAGCUUGCCUUUACAAAUUGGGAUUGCACUCUAUCUCCUGUAUACUCAAGUUAGCUUUGCUUUUGUUGCCGGCAUCACUAUUACAGUCUUGCUUAUACCAGUUAAUAAAUGGAUUGCCAAACUAAUAGCUAGUGCCACUGACAAAAUGAUGAAGCAGAAAGAUGAGAGGAUUAGGAGGACAGGCGAACUUUUAACUUAUAUUCGUACAUUGAAAAUGUACUGCUGGGAAAUUCUCUUCAAAAACUGGGUGAUGGAGACUAGACGUUCCGAAGUUGCAAAUUUAUCUAUGCGAAAGUAUCUUGAUGCUUGGUGUGUAUUCUUCUGGGCUACAACACCUACUCUUUUCUCGUUAUGUACGUUUGGACUCUACACAUUAAUGGGGCAUCAGCUUGACGCUGCUACGGUAUUCACUUGCGUGGCUCUUUUUAAUACUUUGAUUUCCCCUCUGAAUUCAUUUCCGUGGGUGAUCAAUGGAUUGGUUGACGCCUUUAUAUCUACAAGGAGGUUGAGCAGGUUCCUUGCUUGCCCUGAACAUAGUCUAAGCCGGGAAAAGAGUUCUCUUCUGUAUCCAACUUGUAUGAGUGUCCAUAUUGAUGAUUCCUUAGAAGAUAGGGCUAUUACAUUUCAUGAUGCAUCCUUUUCAUGGUCAAAUGAACAUAUUAUAAAGGACAGUUUCAGGCUGGAUAAUGUGAAUCUUAGUCUUCCGAAAGAUUCUUUUGUAGUGAUCGUCGGAGAGGUUGGCUCUGGCAAAUCUUCCCUGUUGAAUUCAAUGCUAGGAGAAAUGAAUAUCAUUGAGGGAUGGGCACAUUUAAAUGGUUCUACAGCAUACGUGCCACAGGUGCCUUGGAUUCUUUCUGGUACUAUACGUGAGAACAUACUCUUAGGGAAGGAACAUGUUUCAGAAAGGUAUGCAGAAGUGCUCAGAGCUUGUGCUCUGGAUGUUGAUAUUUCAUUGAUGCCUGGAGGUGAUAUGGCUUAUGUGGGAGACAAAGGGGCCAAUUUAUCUGGUGGACAAAGGGUCCGCAUAGCUUUGGCAAGGGCUAUCUAUCAUAUGUCAGAUAUAUUGUUGCUUGAUGAUGUCCUAAGUGCUGUUGAUGCGCAAGUUGCCCGAUCUAUAUUAGAUAAUGUCAUCCAUGGUCCUCUUAUGAACCAGCAAACCUGUGUUCUUUGUACACAUAAUAUUCAGGCCAUACUAUCUGCAGAUAUAGUGGUAUAUAUGAGUAAAGGCUGUGUAAAGCUGGUAGGAAGCCCAGCAGAUUUAGCAUCAUGUUCUGAGUUUUCUGCACAUACAGCAUUGAGUCCAUUGCUGCCUGUACAAAAUCAAGAAAAGAAUGUAGAGUCUAUUUGUGAAGUUAACGGAAACUCUAGCGAAGAGAAAGAAUGUAUCCAGAUUUCUUCUGAAGCAGAGGAGACCGUUGAACUUGAGGAGAGGAAAGAGGGCAAUGUGGAGCUGGCUGUAUACAGAAAAUAUGCUGCCUUUUCUGGCUGGUUUCUUGCUUCCCUGAUACUGAUAUCUGCUGCUAUGAUGCAAGUUUCACGUAACGGAAAUGAUCUUUGGCUAUCAUAUUGGGUUGAUACAACUAAAGGAAAUGACAGAACACAUUAUUCAUUAACCUUCUAUCUGGUUAUACUGAGUGUUUUCUGCAUAUUGAACUCUGUCUUGACAUUGGUGAGGGCUUUUUCAUUUGCAUUUGGUGGUUUGCGAGCAGCUAUGCAGGUUCAUGAUUCACUACUUAAUAAUCUUGUCAACUCACCCGUGCUUUUCUUUGACCGGACUCCUCGUGGAAGGAUUAUCAAUAGGUUGUCUUCAGAUCUUUAUACAAUAGACGAUUCUCUUCCAUUCAUAUUCAACAUUCUCCUUGCCAACUUUGUUGGCCUCUUGGGGGUUGCAAUAGUCUUGUCAUAUGUGCAGAUUAUUUUACUGCUUUUGCUAUUGCCCUUUUGGUAUAUCUACAAGAAGCUGCAGUUUUAUUACAGAUCAACAUCACGUGAACUGCGCAGGCUAGAUAGUGUUUCACGCUCCCCAAUAUAUGCAUCAUUCACUGAGACGCUAGAUGGAUCUUCAACCAUAAGGUCAUUUAAGUCAGAGGAAUUUUUCUUCUCAAAAUUCACCAGUUAUGUAGAGAUGUAUCAGAGAACCUCGUACACUGAAAUAACAGCCAGUUUGUGGCUUUCCCUGCGACUUCAGUUGUUGGCAGCAUUUCUCAUCUCAUUUAUAGCCCUUAUGGCUAUUAUUGGAUCUUUUGACAAGUUCCCUGUUAGUAUGGGCACAUCUGGGCUGGUUGGCUUGGCUCUGUCUUAUGCUGCUCCAAUUGUUUCUCUGCUGGGAAGUUUCUUAUCUAGCUUCACUGAGACAGAAAAGGAAAUGGUUGCUGUUGAAAGGGUUGUCCAGUAUAUGGACAUUCCUCAAGAAGAACUUUGUGGAUCUAUAGCCACACCUAGAGAUUGGCCUUAUCAAGGACAGAUUGAGUUUCAGAAUGUGAUUCUCAGAUAUUUGCCUUCUCUUCCUCCAGCAUUGUGUGACAUAUCAUUUACCAUUGCAGGUGGAACACAGGUUGGAAUUGUUGGAAGGACUGGUGCUGGAAAAUCUAGCAUUGUUAACGCCCUUUUCCGUCUGAGCCCAAUAUGCGGAGGAUGUAUAUUAGUUGAUGAUGUAAACAUAGAUCUUGUUUCUGUUAGAGAUCUUCGCUCAAGAUUUGCUGUUGUCCCCCAAAGUCCUUUCUUAUUUCAAGGAUCUGUGAGGGAAAAUUUAGAUCCUUUCCGAUUGAAUGAUGACAUGAAACUCUGGGAAGUUUUAGAGAAAUGUCGCAUCAAGGAAGAGAUAGAAGCAGUAGGUGGGCUGGAUAUGCAAAUAAAAGAGUCUGAAGCAUCAUUUUCUGUUGGCCAACGGCAACUUCUUUGCCUUGCACGAGCACUUUUGAAGUCUUCCAAGGUGAUGUUCUUAGAUGAAUGCACAGCUAAUAUUGAUAUACGAACAGCUUCAUUACUACAAAAUGUCAUAUCUAAUGCAUGCCAAGGAAUGACCGUAAUCACCAUUGCUCAUCGGAUUUCAACUGUGCUGAGCAUGGAUAAUAUAUUUGUUCUUGAGAAAGGAACUCUGGUCGAACAAGGAAAUCCACAGAUUCUGCUUCAAGAUGACCACUCAAAAUUUGCAGCCUUCACUAGAGCUUCAUUAAUGUAAGACCAUCCGGUGAUGGAACCACUCAAAAUUUGUUGCCUGUAGAUAUGUGACUGUCAAGCUAACCAGAAGCUGCUCAUACUCUUUGCCGAAUUACUUGAGUGAUCUGCACUUGAUAUGUAUAUACAGUCCUGUCCUGGGGUUAAGAGAUAUUAAAGACGUUAAUAUCUUAUCAAGUUCUGGGAGGGAAUUUGUGAUAGAUAGGAGAUGAUUCCGAGUUUUUUUUCACUACUAAUGACCAUUCUUUCUUGUUUAUUGUACCUUGAUUAUUUCUUUUCAAAGAUGUAUAAUGAAUAAUGUUAUGGAACCGUUUCAUAAAAAUCACUGGCACAAAUAAUGAAAACAGGUGAUCAGAAUGAUUUUCAUAAUGAAUUCAACCGACCAGUGAUGCUAUAAAGUUAUAUUGAUCGUUUACCGAAA